AUGGGAGACGUCGCCGUGGAGAACCCGGCAAACAACGUCACGCCUCUCCCGAAGCCAGGUGCCCUGGAUGCCCUUGCUAACCUGGACUCGCUGGAGGGCACUGGAGCCGAUGGAAACGAUGAAUAUGCCAACCUGAAGCGGCUACAGAGACACCUAGAGUCAGUGAUGAUGAGGAUGCCCCCAAUCCUCUCCGACGUUACUAACGCCUUCGACAGAUACAUCCAGCUGCAGGAGGAAUACAUCAAGGAUGAGCAAAGGAGCUUGAAGAGGGAGCUUGUCCGAGCACAAGAAGAGAUCAAACGGAUACAGAGUGUGCCACUGGUGAUUGGGCAGUUCAUGGAGGCCAUCGAUCAGAAUACUGGUAUCGUGCAGAGUUCGACCGGGUCGAAUUACGUUGUCCGCAUCCUGUCCACACUCGACCGCGAGAAGCUGAAGCCCUCAUCCUCGGUCGCCCUCCACCGUCACUCUAAUGCCCUCGUCGAUAUUCUUCCCCCCGAAGCCGACUCCUCUAUUGCGAUGUUGGGUGAGAGCGAGAAGCCAGAUGUUACUUACGCCGACGUGGGUGGUCUGGAUAUGCAGAAGCAGGAGAUCCGGGAAGCGGUCGAGUUGCCGUUGACACACUUUGACCUUUACAGACAGAUUGGUAUUGACCCGCCCCGCGGUGUCUUGCUGUAUGGACCCCCCGGUACCGGUAAGACCAUGCUGGUCAAGGCCGUGGCCAACAGCACAACCGCCAGCUUCAUUCGCGUGAACGGCUCCGAGUUCGUACAAAAGUAUCUGGGUGAGGGUCCUCGUAUGGUUCGUGACGUUUUCCGGAUGGCGCGUGAGAACUCGCCCGCCAUCAUCUUCAUCGAUGAGAUUGAUGCCAUCGCCACCAAGCGUUUCGAUGCCCAGACCGGUGCCGACCGUGAGGUGCAGCGUAUCUUGCUGGAGCUGCUGAACCAGAUGGACGGUUUCGAGCAAACUAGCAACGUCAAGGUCAUCAUGGCUACCAACCGUGCAGACACCCUGGACCCGGCUCUGCUUCGCCCUGGUCGUCUGGACCGUAAGAUUGAGUUCCCGUCGUUGCGCGACCGCCGUGAGCGCCGCCUGAUCUUCACCACAAUUGCAUCAAAGAUGUCUCUGUCGCCCGAGGUGGAUUUGGACUCUUUGAUUGUUCGUAAUGAGCCGCUGUCGGGUGCCGUGAUCGCUGCCAUCAUGCAAGAGGCCGGUCUUCGGGCGGUGCGCAAGAACCGAUACAACAUCAUCCAGAGCGACUUGGAGGAUGCGUACGCAGCCCAGGUGAAGAGUGGCCAUGAGGAUGACCGUCUCGAUUUCUACCGGUAA